AUGGCUGAGAUGCAAGUUCAUACUGAGCCCCCUUCCAUAGGCAAGGCUCUGCCUGCACCCCAAGCCCAACCCCAAACCCAGGCCAACGGCAAGGCCCAGGCCAAACCGCAAGCUGCCCAACAGCAACCGCGAGGUCCAUCUAUCCACCAGAUAUACGCGCUGCCUGCACCCAUCCGAACCUUUCCCCUCCCAGCCUUCUACCCCAACAACCCUAUUUCGGUGUUCCAUGUUGCCUACGCAUGGUUGGGUCAGGUUUUCCGGCCGCCGCCCGUAGAGCCUGCCGUUGUCCACCAUGGCGUCUGGUCUGAGACGACAAUCUCUGUACACAUCAAAGAUGAAAAGUCCAUGAGGGCCUUGUGGGAGCAAGGCUUCUAUGGCAAGGGCAACCUCAGUCGAAGUGAGCCCAACUGGCUCAAGAGAGAGCAGGUUCAGCGAGGACUCCAGGAAGUUCACGUCAGCGAGAUUUUCACGCAGCAGAGGCGAGACGAGCGAGCACAAGCCAAGUGGGAGCGUGCGCGACUUGAACAGGAAGUCAUCUUGAAGACGAAGCUUGAAGAGGAGCGACUGGCUGAGGCUCGCCGUCUGGCAAAACAAGCGGUAGAGGACGCGCAAGAAGCUCAAGAAGCUCAAGAAGCCCAGGAGACCCAGGAGGCCCAGGAGGCUGCCGUCUCAGACUUUCCCAAGCUUCCCCUUGCACCCGUUGGCCCAUUGGAGCUCCUCGCACUCCCAAACUCAGCGGUAGUCAUCGUAUCACGACAGGAGCCCGUUCUGGCUCCUUUACCGUUUCUUGCGCCUGUCGGUCCCCUGCAGAUUUUGGCACUGCCAAACUCGGCAGCCGACGUUGUCAAGUUUACACAAGUAAAGACGGAUGCCGACGUGGCCCCCAUUUCCAAGGCAAACGGAUCAUUGACUCUGCCUUCCUCUCAUCACGGUUCGUCUACUGAUGAUUCCGAGGAGCCCCGAACUCCCAUCACCACCGAGACCCCAGAGCUGUUUAGGGACGACCGAUCUGUAAUCUCAUCGAGUGAUGGCACGGGAAACAAGACGUUGCAGCGCAGAAAGAGCGUGCGAUUUUCCCCCACGGUGGAAUCGGCAACGUACAAAGCCACAGACCCCCCAAGCCCUAAUCGCUCCCCGCCCGUGUCGUACUCCCAGCCAUCCCAAGCCAACGGCAAUGACAAGUCGAUUAGCCAACCCCUGUCCCAACUGCCAUCAGCAAGCGUCCCCGUGUCAGAUCCCAUCAUCAACAAGGAACACCUGCAACUGAUGCCGGAGGAAGCAUUCUUCCUCUCCUUUGGCCUUGGGGUUCUGGAAAUCACGGACCCUGCGUCUGGCAGAGUGCUGUCGCGUCAAGACCUCUUUAACCUGUUCCGGCAAUACUCUUACUUCCCUCCCCGAAACGGCCCAGACGAGCCUGACCUCGAGCCCGAUGACGGAUUCCUCGUCCAUUACGCCGUGUACCAUCACUUCCGAUCUUUGGGGUGGGUGCCUCGGGCGGGCAUCAAGUUCGGAGUCGACUGGCUGCUGUACGCCAGGGGACCGGUGUUUGACCACGCCGAGUUUGGACUGAUUGUGAUCCCCUCGUAUUCGGAUGCUUGGUGGAAAAAAGAGGGCAAACAAGGUCCUCGGAAACCGUGGUCAUGGCUGCAUAGCGUUGUACGAGUCCUGUCCCACGUCACCAAGAGUUUGGUGCUGAUCUACGUGGAUGUGCCGCCUCCUCACAAGUUUGAAGAAGCGCUCAAGGAUGGCAUCACGGAGGCAAUGAAGCUGUACAAGGUCAGAGAGGUCAUGGUAAAGAGAUGGUCGAGCAAUCGAAACCGAUGA